AUGGCGAUGCUCUCUGUACGCGACCUAACAGUGCGAUUUGACACGCACCAUGGAAACGUGCGCGCCGUGGACGGCGUGUCGCUCGAAUUAGAAGAAGGCGAGACCUUGGGCUUGGUUGGCGAAUCCGGGUCCGGCAAGUCGGUUACGAAUCUCGCCAUAAUGGGGCUCAUACCGCAGCCGCCGGGCGUGAUUGAGAAAGGCGAAGUUUUGUACAACGGCCAGGAUCUAAUGAAGCUCGCGCCGCCCGAACUUCAAGCCUUACGCGGCAAUGAGCUCUCCAUGAUCUUCCAAGAUCCAAUGACGAGCUUGAACCCCUUGCUAACCAUCGGCCAGCAGCUGCGGGAAGUGCUCGAGAUCCACAAGGGUAUGGGACGCAAAGCCGCCAACGCCCACUGCGCGGGAGCAUUGGGCGACGUGGGUAUCCCCGCCCCCGAGUCGCGCUUGGAUCAAUACCCCCAUGAGCUUUCGGGCGGCAUGCGGCAACGGGUGAUGAUCGCCAUGGCGCUUCUUUGCGAUCCGCGCGUUCUGAUUGCGGACGAGCCGACAACCGCCCUCGACGUGACCAUUCAAGCUCAGAUCUUGGAGUUGAUGAAGGACCUGCAACAGCGUCGCGGAACCGCGAUCAUCUUGAUUACUCACGAUCUUGGAGUGGUUGCUGGCAUGAGCGAUCGCGUGCAUGUCAUGUACGCUGGCAAGCUAGUGGAAACCGGUGGUGUCAGCGAUCUAUUCCGCGCACCAGCCCACCCCUACACCGCGGGUCUCCUGGCAAGUGUUCCGCGUUUGAAUUCGAAUACGUCCGCCAGCCUUCAGUCCAUUGCUGGUUCGCCCCCGGACCUAGCAGACCUUCCUCCGGGCUGCGCCUUUGAGCCGCGCUGUUCCUUUUCCAGCGAAGCAUGCAUGCGCACUCGGCCAGCACUCUCGAAAGUCCUCGACCCCGAUAGCCGAAGUGUCCGCUCGGCUGCGUGUCCGUCGGAGUUGCGGACAGGCGCCCUGAAGGAAGGAACCCCAUGA